UCCAAUCAUGGACCGGCGUCCCAGUUCAUCUCUCGCGCGCUUGCUUUCAGAGGGGCUAGGGUUAGGGUUUUAGCAAGGAGAGUUCUGCAGCUUACUCAAACAUGGCUUUCUGGGGAACAGAAGUGAAGCCUGGAAAGCCCUUUACCCAAAAGUUCGAUGACUUCAAAGGAAGGCUUCAUGUUUCACUGGCAACAUUGGGGUUUGGUACAGCAACAAAGAAGAGCGUUCUUCAGUGUAACGUGGGGAAUAAGAGUCCUGUCUAUCUAUGCUCAUUGUUUCCUGAGAAGACUGAGUGUUUGCAACUAAAUUUGGAAUAUGAAGAGGCUGAUGAAGUCAUUUUUUCCGUUAUUGGUCCUCGAAGCAUUCACCUUUCUGGUUAUUUUCUAGGAAGUUCCCGACACAAUAAUGUAAAUGAUGAUAAUACAGAAUCCUAUGGAGAAGAUAUUGCAAACACUGAUACACAGAGCUCUGAGUAUGCUGACGAAGACAAGUAUGAGGAUAGUUUUAUUAAUGAUGAGGAUCCAGAAGUUUUCUCCCCCUCUCUUAUUUCAAAUGAAGAAGAUGAAACUCUUGGCAAGAACAAAAUCAGAAAUAAAACUCGCAACUGUAGGCGGCUCAGAAAGAGCUAUCAGUUGAGUGAAUCUGAUGACGAAGAAAAUUCUCAGCCUAAAAAUAAUUUUAAAACUGGGAUCCCCUCAGAAUCGGAGAGUUUAGAUGAAGACAACCAUCCCAUAUCCUCCUUGUGCAAUAAUAGAACCAAGGGAGAGAUAGCUACGGAUGCAGAGGAGAAGGAAGCAAGAGAGCACAAAGUCUUACAUGAAAGCAGUGAUACGAAGACAGAAUUUGAUGGCGAGUUUGUUACUGGAGUUAAUGGAAAUACUGAUGGUAUUAUUGAUGAUGGUCUGCUGAAUGGGGAAUUAGGCUUGCCAAUCAGAUCUUCUGAAGUUGGUAGUGAACGGAAGAAGAAACGGAAAGGAGAGCGGUCGAAGAGAAAACAUGUUGAAGCUGAUGGUAAUAGUUGUAGUGGUGCCACUUCAGGAGUUGAGAUCCAGCAAGAUGAAUUGAAGAUGGAUAACACAGUCAAGACUGUGUGCGGAGAGAAACAGGAGAACAUCACUGAUGUGGGCCAUGAAGAUAGUGAGAGACCAAAAAAGAAAAAGAAGAAAGGGUCAGAGCAAGCGAAAAUCAUCGAAAAUGAUGGUACAUGCGAUCUCAAGCCUGACAAGAUGGACCAAGAUGUACAACCCACUUUUGAUCAGACUGAAAAUCAUUCUACGACAAAGAAAGUAACCAAGAAGAAAAGGACCAAAGCACUAGAAAAUGGGGAUUCUUUGAAGUCAGAAAUUGAGGAUAAGGAAAGUAAUGGUGUCUCGAAGUCAUCUCAAGCUAGAACCUUACCGAGUGGCUUGGUUAUUGAAGAACUAGAAGCUGGGAAACCUAAUGGAAAAGUUGCUACUUCCAAGAGAAAGAUUAGUGUAAUUUAUGUUGGCAAGUUAAAGCAAAAUGAUGAAAUAGUCGACUCAACCGACGACAAUUCUCCUUAUAAAUUUCGCUUGGGAGUUGGCCAAGUUAUAGAGGGAUGGGAUGCUGGUCUUGAUGGUAUGCGAGUCGGUGAGAAACGAAGACUUACCAUUCCGCCUUCAAUGGGAUAUGGGAGCGAAGGAAAUGGGGGAAAUAUACCAGCUGAUUCGUGGCUCGUGUAUGAUGUCGUAUUGAUUAAGGUUCAUUAGUUUAUACACUGAAAAUACGGGCAUGUUUCUUGGUACCAAAGCUAUGGUUAAUGGUAGCGAAGUAUGGAUGAGAUGUGAGCUUUGGUCUGCCGUUGCAGAAAUUUUGGUAUACAUAGCCCAGAGAGGGGGCUUAUUGUCCCUUGAAUAGGGAAAUUAAUAGUUUUUUUUUUUUUUUCCUUUUCUAACGUUACUUCACCUGAUGAAGUGGAGAUUCAAACUUUCAAAUAGGAAGAAAGAUUAUUAGUUUCUUCAUGA